ACAAAAUCGCCGCCCAAUUUCUCAAAAUUCAACGGUUUAAAAUAUAAAAACAAAAAACAUUUUGUCAACUUCGUCGUUCUGAGUUGCGAUCCAAUUCCAAGCUCCUCUCUCUCUCUUUCUCUCUUGACUCUCUCUCUCUUGACUCUGUCUGUCUGCAACUUCUGAACUUUGCCGGACUUUCUUCUGAACCGAUGAAGUGCUUCCAUUUCACUAACGGGGAGCGGCGGGACGACGAUGAACCCGGCGUCGUUCCCCGGACGACGUCGAAGGUGUCGUGGGUGCGGUCUCUCAGCGUGGCCUCCAGCAGCUACGACACUAGGCGGUCCGAGUUCGACUCGGACUCGAGGGACCUGUCCGACUCGUUGGCAUUCCAGGAGCUGCUGAGUAUGCGGCGGGCCAAUGAUCUGAGGGUGUUCACGUUCUCGGAGCUGAAGGCGGCGACCAGGGGAUUCAGCAGGGCAUUGCUGAUUGGGGAAGGAGGGUUUGGGUGCGUUUACAGAGGAAUCGUCAGUGGCUGCGACGUCGGCGACGGGAAAUUGGACGUUGCUAUCAAACAGUUGAGUCGCAAUGGCUUCCAGGGGCAUAAGGAGUGGAUUAACGAAGUAAACUUAUUGGGCGUUGUCAGGCACCCAAAUCUUGUUAAGCUAGUAGGAUACUGUGCAGAAGACGAUGAAAGGGGGAUUCAACGGCUAUUGGUUUAUGAACUUAUGCGAAAUAAAAGCUUGGAGGACCAUCUAUUGGUUCGGUUUUCACCACAUCUCCCAUGGAUGACAAGACUAAGAAUUGCCCAAGAUGCAGCCCGCGGAUUGGCAUAUCUACAUGAGGAGAUGGAUUUUCAGCUAAUUUUCCGUGACUUUAAACCAUCAAACAUUCUGCUAGACGAGGACUUCAAUGCAAAGCUUUCCGACUUUGGACUUGCAAGGCAGGGACCUCCAGAGGGAACAAGUCAUGUUUCAACAACAAUUGUGGGGACAAUAGGUUAUGCGGCUCCAGAAUAUGUACAUACAGGGAAGCUGACUGCUAAAAGUGACGUAUGGAGCUUCGGAGUGGUUCUGUAUGAGCUCAUCACAGGAAGAAGGGCGGUGGACAGAAAUUUGCCCCGGAAUGAGCAAAAUCUUUUGGAAUGGGUCAAGCCCUAUGUUCCAGACUCAAAGAAAUUCCACGUUAUUGUUGACCCUCGGCUUGAAGGACAGUAUUGCGUCAAAUCAGCUCAAAAUCUUGCAUCAUUAGCUAACAGGUGUCUAUCAAAACAACCAAAGUCUCGCCCAAAAAUGAGUGAGGUGGUUGGGGUUUUGCGAUGCAUCAUAGAAGAGCUGUCAUCUCAAGACAAAGUUGUCCCUGAACCUGUGAUUCAAACCGAAGAAGCGAAGGAAGAAACCGUGGAGGAGACUGCGAUCAAGUCUACUAAACAAGGGAACAAAAAGAGGGUUUUCGAUAUAAGAGACAUGAUAAACUUUAGAACCAAGUCUAGUCGGAAGUUGGAUUGGAGAAACUGGAGCCCGUGGUUGAUUAGACUUGGUGAUUAAGCUAUCAGCCAGAUUGUGUCAGGAAAAAACCCUCAUCCACGAGCUUUCCUCGCUCCUGGAACGAAAGACAACAGAUACUUGUUCUUCAAAUCUUACGGAGGUAUAGGGUUCCUAUCCAUUUUUUUUUCGGUAGAUGGUUGUAUAUAUAAUUUGUAAAAGGACGCUGUACUUUUGAGGCAUGCGUCCGUUUGAUUCAUGCACAUAAUUUGAGUCACAAGUUAAUUUUCUCUCCC